AUGUCCAAAUCGGAGACAGAGACGGUGAUUUGGAGCAGUGAAUUCACCGCUUAUGUGGGAGAUUUUCGAUCUGAACUGACAACGAUAAAAGAUGUAACAGAAGGCAAAAAUCAGAUCGAUCGUGUUUCCUUCGAUUCUCAAGUCGAACCACUCAAAAUCUAUCGAAAACCUCUUUGUAUUGACGAGCCUGAGUGGGUUGUUUGUAUUCAUCACGUUUCAAACAACGACCCAUCACGAUAUUCGAUGAAAACCAUCAAGAAG